AGGUAGGGUCGCCUCAUGCGCACCUCCCUGAUCUGCAGGCUGCAUUUUGCCAGCCAAAGAGGAAGGGACCAUGCCGUCUUAAUUACCCCAGCCGCCCCAUUGCAACCCAUUCCCCUCCAUGACCCAACACCAUCACCAUCCCGCCUCACCUGGGUAGUUCCCCGAAUGGAGACGGCUAUUGACCGCGGCGACCUCAGAUCUUUACUUGAACGACCUCUCGAGAACCCCCAAGCCCGAGGCUAGCUAUCACUCCCACCCUACCGGGGCAAUGAUACAGACUUGUCUUUCAGCUGGCUCUGUGAUGUAGUAUCUUGAGUAUGCCGGUAGUCAUAUGAGGGACUCGAGAGCUCUGUUUCGAGGGGCUGGAAUUAUCAUAGUCGGUGUCGAUGAUGCAUUUAUCUCCGGCCAUCUCACCCGUUAUUCCAUCUAAAUCUACUCAGCAUCAGCUCUUACCACCUUCCUGAACAGCUCGAUCAUAACAGCCUCAAUUUGAGUUUCCAUCAUGAGUAAGGCUCAAUAUGACAACCCUGAAGCCCUUGUGGCCGGCACAGUGAUCAUGCAGCUGGUGACCACCGCCUGCAUAGGACUAAGAUUCUACUCCAGAAGAUGGAAACGUCAAAGAAUCAUCACCAGCGACUGGCUUGUCCUCGUCGCUUAUGUCUUUGGCACAGGCUUGAGUGUCAUGAUGCUCUAUGGCAUCUCCCAAAAAGCCAUAGGAUAUCCCCUUGGUGGAACAAUCGAAGACCCGGCUGCGGUCAACAAUAGACUCAACAAGGCCAAACAUAUGGAGCUAUCAUGUCUCCUCCUCGGCAUCGUCGCCCUCGGCUUGAUCAAGCUCUCCAUCGCCUUCCUCUACUGGCACCUUUUCGCAAAAGUUAUGUUCCGCCGGUUUCUCAUAUUCUGGAUGGUUAUCCUGGUCCUCUGGAUCCUCGGCUUCGUACUAGCCGGCCUCCUGGAAUGCGGUACACACCUCACUGCCAUCUUCGGUACUCCACAAGACUAUAUCGACCACUGCGGCGCUGCUAUCCCUGCUGGAUAUGGCAUGAUUGGAUCCGACAUCCUGACUGACGUUAUCACCCUGUUGAUUCCAAUUCCUGUCAUUCUGAAACUGCAGAUGAACAAACGGACGAGAAUACUCACUCUGCUGGUCUUCUCCAUUGGUGUACUAUGCGUCGUAGCUUCGGUCCUCAAAGCCUGGAUUUACAUCACCGGCUCUCUCGGUCGAUGGUCAAUGGAUGCCAUCUCCGCGCUCAGUGGUAUCGCCAUCUGGAAUCUCGUCGAGGUCCAAGUCGGCAUCGUUGCCGCCUGCGGUCCUCCCCUGCGUGCGAUCAUGUCACGCCUUCUGCCGAUUGAAGCAGCAACUAUCUCCCUCCUGUCUCUUCUGGGCGUCUCGAGGCUUUCGUCAAGCAAAUCGGAUACACUUCCGAGCUUUGUCAGGAGACUUUCGAAAAUUGACCCUGAGGACAAUCAGGGCAGUCCCAUCAAGGGAACUUCGACGAGGAGCACAGAUACUGCUGUUGACCAUGACGAGAACGAUUUAGGCCCUUGGGAUCAGCCUGUGUCUGUUGUUCGUGUGGCCUCGAAAGGGAGAGGUGGUGAUGUUUGAUAGGUUUCUUGCCAGGUGGUGAUUUGUCUUGACUGGUGUGACGUUAUGUUUGUAUGAGUGUUGAUGAUUUAUACCCUUGGAUAUGUUCAUUGGAUGAGCUGUUUUUGAAGUAGAAUACCCGCGGUUUUCUUGAUUUUUUGUACUGUGCGAAAAGGGUAAAAUGACGCUACUUUUGA